GAGGUUGUCAGGGGCAACUGGUAGAGACGCUUUAUGCUCACACAGGAGGCUAAGCGACAACAGCACUGGGAGGAAGGUGGUUGGUUUCGAGUUUUAACAAACGAGUUGGCGACAAUUUGAAGAAAGUGACGCGGAGAAAGAUACACUGGGGACAUGGCGGUGUAUUUUGACCACCGUAUUGAGGCCCCUGAAAGCAGUGGUGCACCCAUUCAAAUAACCUGGCACUCAGCUCUUCCUGUGCUGGCUGUGGCUUCAGGCAACCAUGCAGUUGGAUACAUUGUAGAUCUCUACCUGCAGCAGGGAGAGUACGUGGAGAAUUGUCAUGUCCAACGCCCUCACCAUCCCACAGUGCUGCGCUGGCAUCCCACAAAGCCUGUGUUGGCACUAGGCUGGGAGAACGGAGAGGUGAUGCUGCUGACACACCCGUCUGGAGAUCAGGCAGUCCUGCCCACCUUACACACAGCCUGCAUCACACUGCUGGAAUGGAGUAGCUCUGGUAGCCGCUUGGUAACUGGUGAUCUUAUUGGAGUUCUGGGAGUGUGGAAGGUAGAUGCUAGAGGGCGACUUCAAGGAAACCAUCUAGUAAAGCAUGAUUACAACAAACCUCUAACUUGCUGCAUCUUCAGACCCGCCUCCCCUGGAGAUGAUGUUAAAAUGCUUGCUCGGGCAUCAGUGAGUGGAGAUGAGAGUGCUCUGGACAUGUUCAGCUGGAAAGGAGCGCCUCUGAAGAUGGGCCCACAGGAGGGACUGGCAUUCUAUGUCAGCACUGCAGAUGGUAAAGUCCACAGUGUGGAUGAGCAUUGUAAAACAAGCCCACUUCUCAGUGUGGAGGGCUCCAUUAAGAAACUCUUCUAUAUUGAGAAGAGGGAGACGCUCGCAGUGAUCACAGAGACCCUAAUGUUAUCACAAUACACUCUGGGACCUGAGGGUGGAGCACAGGUGUUCAUGGAGGUUAAGUUGAGCAGCAGGUCAGGAGAUAAUGUAGACAUUGUCUGGACAGAGAACAGCCUCCUCAUUACAGCCACAGGAGAGCCUAUUAUCAGGCUGUGGGACCUGGAGAGAGACGACAACUAUGUUUUGUCUCUUGAUGAGACUUUGGGCUUCGAGAGGAAAGAGGUGAUCAACUGUGUUUCAUACUGUGCAGGAAAAGAAAUUCUUGCAGCUGGUACCUCCUGUGGGCGAAUAGCAAUGUGGAGGAUGGUGGUGCUGCCUGGUAGCAACAGAGGUGACGCCAGGACCCAGUGGAAGCUACAGACACCCACUGAAAUAGAAGGAAAUUUCACUCAGCUACAGUGGGGCUCCAGUCUGAAUCUUCUGGCAGCAAACAAUUCACAGACAGUACUGAUUCUGUGGGAGCAUGUCAUGUCAGCCCACUUCAGCCAGCAGGUGGCAGCAGUGCAGCUUACCCCAACACAACUCAGCAUCGCUCAGUUCAAUUCAGGAGUGCACCUUGCUCUGCAGUCUGAUAUGCAUAUUAAAGGAGUGUGUGUUACCAAGGACUCGGUGACUAUCUGGAAUUGUAAGCAGGUCACUGUGUAUGAGCUUUCAGGGACAGUUCUACGCAAUACAGGAUCAUUUUCUUGUGAUUCCCACGUUGUAGCUGUACAUGAUGAGAACCUCUACACUGUAGAACCAAACAGAGUGCAAAUCCGUACACCACAGGGCACAGUGAAGCAGCUUCUAACCUUCUCCAAGGCAGAGGGAAACCCUGUGCUAUUGAGUGUGUGUCAGUCUUACCUGGUGGUUGGCACAGACACGGCUCACAUCAGAGUUUUUGACCUCUCUAGAAGAGAUGCCAAAGCUCACUGCAGUGCUAAGAACCUGGCUGACCAGAUUACCAAUCUGGGAGCCUUGAGGUCAGUCAAGUGUAACGCCAAUGGCAGCCAAGUCAGCAUCCUAAUCUCUCAGGUUAAUGGCCGACCUGAUCACAAAGUGUACUUUUAUGACGUUGAGAUGGACACUGUGACACACUUUGACUUCUUCACUGGCAGACCAUCCAGUGGUAUCUCACAGCCAGAAGAAAGUGAAAAGCAGCAGCUUCAGGGGACAGAGCUCAGUGGUCGGUGUCCUGUAUCACACUUCUGGGAUGAGAGUGAACCUCGCCUUUUUGUUUGUGAGACAGUGCCAGUUGGGUCUGAAUCCUCUUCAAACAGUUACUUGGAUAUGGCGGAUGUGUUAGUGGUGACACUCUUCAGUACACAGGAGCAUGGGCUCCUCCUACAAGACUGCUACCCCAAACCUUCAGGCCUGCAAUCCCUCCUCGCUCUGGAUGUGCCCUACUAUUAUUUUAGCUGCAAGCCAGGAGAGAAGGAUCCAGGGUCAACGGAGGUUUCAUCUCCUUCGCACCAGACCAAACUAUCAAAAGGGCCCCAAUUCCCCCAAAUGGUGUCCAGACGACCUCUCAGAGACUUCGUGGGACUGGAGAACUGUGAGAAGGCCACGCGUGACGCCAUGCUCAACUUCAGCUUCUACCUGACUAUUGGCGACAUGGACGAAGCCUUCAAGUCAAUCAAGCUCAUCAAGAGUAAAGCAGUAUGGGAAAACAUGGCACGGAUGUGUGUGAAAACCCGCCGGAUGGAUGUGGCACGCGUGUGCCUUGGGAAUAUGGGAAAUGCCAGGGCAGCAAAAGCACUGAAGGAGGCGGAGACUGAGCCUGAACCAGAAGCCCAAGUGGCUAUGUUGGCCAUUCAGCUUGGCAUGCUGGAAGAUGCAGAAAAGUUGUACAAGUGCUGUCAACGCUAUGACCUGCUGAACAAUUUCUACCAGGCUUCUGGCCAAUGGCAGCUGGCUUUGGAAACGGCAGAAAGUCACGAUCGCAUCCAUCUGCGCACCACCUACUACAAUUAUGCCAAAUAUCUGGAGUCCAUGGGCGACAAGACACUGGCCCUUGUUUAUUAUGAGAAAUCAGACACACACAGGGUCGAGGUGCCAAGAAUGCUCCAGGAUGAUACGUCAUCUCUAGCGAUUUACGUUAACAAAAUGAAAGACAAGAACAUCUAUAAGUGGUGGGCCCAGUAUCUGGAGAGCCAGUCAGACAUGGAUUCAGCACUGCACUUCUAUGAGUGUGCUCAGGAUUACCUCUCCCUGGUUCGAGUCCACUGCUACAUGGGGAACAUUCAGAAGGCAUCUGAGAUAGCCAAUGAUACGGGUGACAGAGCAGCAUCUUACCACCUGGCCAGACAUUAUGAGGGCCAUGACGACAUCAAACAAGCAGUCCAUUUCUACACCCGAGCCCAGGCCUACAAUAAUGCUAUACGACUUUGUAAGGAGAACGGUCUGGACGACCAGCUGAUGAACCUGGCUCUGCUCAGUAACCCAGAGGACAUGAUGGAGGCUGCCUGUUACUAUGAGGAGAAAGGCACCCAUAUGGACCGAGCUGUCUCACUCUACCACAAGGCUGGUUAUGUCUCCAAGGCUCUAGAGCUGGCCUUUGCUACCCAACAGUUCUCUGCACUUCAGCUGAUUGCAGAGGAUCUGGAUGAGAACUCUGACCCGGCCCUCCUCGCUCGCUGCUCCGACUUCUUCAUCACACAUUCCCAGUAUGAGAAGGCUGUGGAGUUACUGGUAGCAGCCAAGAAGUACCAUCAGGCCUUGGAGCUGUGUGUGACCCAGAAUCUGACUAUCACAGAGGAUCUGGCUGAGCAAAUGACUGUAACUGACUCAAAAGACUUGUCCGAAGAGGCCCGCAAGGAACUGCUGGAGAAGAUAGCAGACUGCUGCAUGCGUCAGGGCAAUUAUCAUUUGGCCACGAAAAAAUACACGCAGGCAGGCAACAAACUCAAGGCAAUGAGGGCCCUACUGAAGUCAGGUGACACAGAGAAAAUAGUAUUCUUUGCCAACGUUUGUCGUCAGAAAGAGCUUUUCAUCAUGGCUGCCAACUAUCUUCAGUCUCUGGACUGGCGUAAAAAUCCAGAGAUCUUAAAGACCAUCAUUGGUUUCUACACUAAAGGCAGGGCACUGGAUCUGCUGGCUGGCUUCUAUGAAGCUUGUGCUCAGGUGGAGAUCGAUGAUUAUCAGAACUAUGAAAAGGCUCUGGAUGCUUUGACUGAAGCUGCCAAGUGUCUUUCAAAAUCAAAGGACGCUUCAACCGGACAACAGGAAGUAAGACUGGCUGACCUGCAGCAUAAGGUCGCUCUAAUCAAGAAGUUUGUCCACAUACGCAGGCUGUAUUCUGACGAUGCUGUGGAGGCAGUGCGGCUAUGUGAGUCCCUGUUAGAGGAGCCACAGCUGGACCCUGCUGUCAGGAUUGGAGAUGCAUUUGGUUUCCUGGUCGAGCAUCACUGUCAGCAAGGCAACUUAAAAGUGGCCUACCAUAAGCUGGAGGAGCUCCAGAAACUGUUGCCAUCUCAGAACGUUAGGUACUACAUUAGUCAGGCCAGUCUAGACGCCCUGCAGAAAGAGAUGGGUUUACCCAUGGGAUAUAGUGACCGCAGACACAGUGUGAAGGAGGAGGAUGAAGUGGAGGAGGAUUUAAAUGUGUCUUAAGUGAUUCUUCCAGAAAUUAAACUAUACAUAUCGAUAUAGUCAGCACUUAAUCGCACCGGAAAAGACUGUGUAGUUGGUUUUGUACACCAACAUGUGAUGCGUCAGAGUUGUCUUUGUUAAAACAGCACAGCAAAUGGGAGCAAACUCAUUAUUGCGUUUAACUUGAGUCUAUUACCACAGAAAACUGAUUUGACCCACGAAAAACUACAUGAAAGAUAUUAGGGUAGAAAUUAACGCAUGUUAAUGGAGAUAAUGGACUUACAAUGGGUCACAAUGCUCUGCAGAAGGAUAAUAAAUAAAUAACCCUGAACAUGUAUCAGCUACAGAACAGGGUAAAAAUGUUACAGGAGUUUCUGAGCAGAGUGAUUCAUUCGGUUUUGGCCUUGGAGCCACAUUUAGCUCUGAGCUUCAUCAUAGAUUUAUCCCCAGGUCAGCUUAGUGAUUUACAUGCAUUUGGUACAAUGUAUUUUUUUAAUUCAGUGUAUUACAUGUACAUAUCCUGACAGUGUCAAAACUUAUAUCUUUGUAAAUUAUUUUGCAUCUAUUUUUGAUAACCUAUGAGACCAUUUCUAUUGGUAUAUUAGAUAGUGAAUUACAUUGUUUCUAUACAUUGUAAAGUUCAUACAAUAAAACACAUUUAAAAUGGUUUCACUGGU